GAGAAAUUGCGUGGAGACAGGUGCGCAAACCAGCAAUUUUAAGAUUGAACGCUAGUCGAUAAUCUUUUUAAAAUCUCUUUAAAUCUUUUUCUAUUUCGGCCAUGAAUUCCUCCCGUUGUUACUGGUGCGUGGAAAGUUCCAUUUGUCUGAAGCGGGUAGAUAAGGGAGUACAUCAUUGACAAGCAUUUCCACCGAACAUUUCUGUAUUUCUGUACGGAUGGUCUUUGAAACAUUCAAGGCCAAGCUUCGGGUAGGUAUGUUGAAAAAAGAACCUGUUUAUCCAUCGGAAAGACUGAUUAAUUACCGCACCUUUGAUUUGAAAUAGGCAUUUUUUCAAUUUUACGUCCAUAGGUAAUCAUCGAGCAUCGUGAAACCUGAUAUGCUCUAAAUGCUUUACUUUUAGUCGUCGUCACAAUUCUCACGGUGGUAAUAACAAUGUUUCCGGAUGGAAGCCACAACUAAAGAUCUCUCAUUGAGAACGAAGUUUAUCGAAAUUAAAUCCAUAGUUCUGGUAAAAUUGAACGAAGAAUGAUCUAUUUCAGUCAUGAAAUGGAAAAGCCAGUCAGAAUGACGAAGCUCAAUCGAUGUAAAUGCGUGAGAUACAUAGUUGAGUCAAAUUGAGGCUAAAUUCACAAACAAAACUGUACCUCGCUGUACACGAUGAAGCAAAGGUAGGAAUCAUCCACUACAUAGCAAAAUAUUACGAAGAGAAUUUCAAUCUGAGCAGUAUUUUAAUUCCUUCUGCUCAUGCUAAGCCUGCCUGCACGGUUUUAACUCAGAGUUGGUCAAUUUAUAUACUUUUUCGCUUGUUUUUCUUCUUUAAUUUAGGAUUUCAGAAGCAGUGACGUUUCAACGCCGGCUUCUCUUUCGUCUGUCGUUAACAUUUGUCAAUGAUCUGAGUGAAGACUGCUUUAAAUGAUGAAGUUUCGAUAUUCAGUUCAGGUAUGUCAAAGUGUAUUUCAAGGAAUAUUUCACUUUCAGAUUUUGUAUUAGAGACCCACUAUGCCGAUCUAUUUCAGUUUGUAAACUAUUGCAAAUUGUGAACUAUGAUGGUUAAGUUCGGUCUUCAGUUCAAUUCUAUUGAACAGAACCAGUUAAUGGGGUAUUCUUCUGAAAAGAAACACUGCUCUCCUCCCAAGAUGAUAUCCGUUUAAAGAAAGAAUUGUGGGUCUUCUCCCAAGGUUAAUAAUUUCUAUGAGAAGAAUCUCAUGUAUGUCUGAUUUUGGUUAGAAGAAUACUAGUUUUUUCCCAAAAUUAUUUAGCCAAGAACCAGGUAAUGAGGUAUUCUACUGAGAAACACUGCUCUCCUCUCAAGGUGAUAUCCAUUUAAUUGAGCAGAAUCUCAUUUUUUAAGCAAGCUUAUCAGAAGAAUUACUGCUCCCCCCUGAAGACGCAAUAUUAGUUUGAGAAGAAUGUUAGUUUCUGAGUCCUCUCAUGAGAAUUUUUGUCCCUCAUCCGAGAAUGAAUAUUCGUUUUUAGAUCGACAGUACUUCUCCAGAGAUUGAAAUUUGCUUGUGUGAAGAAUCACAUUCAAAAGCAUUCUUACAUUUGUGCUCCUUUGAGUUCUGCAUAUUCUAUUGAGAAUAUUCUUCAUGAGAGGUUUGGUCCUUCAUCCAAGAAUGAUUAUUCGUUUUUAAACUGCUCGUUUUCUUCACAAGAGAUUGACUUUUUUUGUGUGAAGAAUAACAUUCAAAAGCAUUCUUGCUGAUUAAGUCUUUGUGCUCUCCUGAGGUCUGAAUAUUUCAUUAAGAAUCUUAAGACUUUAUUGGGUUUUGUUGAGUUAUUGAAAGGAUUGAUAUUCCCCUAAUACAGUAAAUUACACUAAAAAGAAUCUAAUUUUAUUUGGUUUCAUUUUUUUAUCAUACAAUCAAUGUAACAUAGAACUAACUCACAUAUCUAUAAUGUAUGCAUCAAGUUAUCAACGAACAACUAUAUCGACGUUCACUUUAUCGAAAACAUUUACUAUUUAUCAACUCAUUUUUUGUAUCUUAUAAUAAUAUCAUAUCACUUUUAAAUAAUACCUCAUUUUUUGGAUCUAUUUUUCAACAUACAAUUCACAGAUAAGAUAAUUAACUUACACAUUCACACCAACAUUAUGUAUACAUCAAAUUAUCAAUGAACAACCUUAUCAACAUUCACUGUAUUAUGGACAACUUUCCAUUUUCAUCUACACAUCUUACUCUUGGUAUAUUAGCUACAUAUGUCAUUCCCUGAUCAUACCCCAUACCAUUCAUUACUUUUACAAUCUGCAAAAAAGCAGUUUUUGUACGUUAAUGAAUUAACAGCAGGCCAAUUGCAACUCCUAGUCCUUUCCUAUGAUCCCUUCUCUAGCUGAGCAAUCCAUUACUUUUCUGUUCACAAACAUGAUUGAAAGGGGAAGGGGAAUGCUCAAUUUUAAAUCAUGCAAAAAUAGUUUCAUUUUGUUGCAAAUUGAAGUCUUCAAGUACAUAAUUCGGCUCCAUUCAGUUGUAAUUUAUCCUAACCUCGAGCUCUGCAAAUGAAAUGAAAUUUGUCAGUCCUGCAAUCAGUGUCGUAUGAACCUGGUUCAAUCAGUUCUUGAAGAGCACUUCCUUUUAACAGCUUUGUUAUCAGCAUGUUUCCAAUGAAAGUUAAGUCCGAUCAAGCAGGAUUCAGUUUCUUGGACCACAUCUUAUUGAUACAAGCUUCUGUCGAUCGCUUUAUGCUGAAUUAUUGUAACAAGAACCCACCUGACACUCCGAAUACUCCUAUUGAAUCACUCUAUAUGAACCCAGAUUUGAAUGCCCUCCUAACGUACAAGUUAACCGUAGAGCGGAAGGCAGUAUUUGCCACUCAAGUCUCCUUCCUCAUUUGAGAUCGAAACAAGGUAACGACAACGUAUUAUUCGGCGCACUUUUUCGGAAGCCGUUAAAAACGUUGAUCGAGCCCGCGCAACCGAAAUCUAAUAUAGGGCAGUUACCAAGCGCUUAACAUCGACCGCGUUUCUCUUUUGAACUAUCACAACAGAUUCCGAUGACUAUAAUUUAUGGACUAUUUUGGAACUUUUCAACCUCCAGAUAAUCUUUCGCUUCCAAAGUUAUUAAUUUUGGUGUUACGAAUGUUCACACGAAAAAUUAAUUUAAAUUAUUGCGGCUGCGACAUCAUAUUUCGUUUUCCCGGGGAAUCGUUCAUGCACCUACUCCACCGCUGUAUUAUAGCAAAGUUUUAUCAGACUUUAUCAGAUAAUUUAGUCUAUAAUUAUCAAAGUUACUAGCAAUAAAAGUUAACUUAAUAAAAUUUUGGUAAUGAGAGAUUCUGCCACUUAUCUAACGAAUUCUGAAAUUUCGAUUCUUUUCACAAGAUCUGCAAUUAAACAUUCCAUUCCAGAAGAACCUUCUAUUCCAUUGCCUGCCAAAGAGAGUCCUCGUUCUUGAGAAAAAGAAUUCCGGAUUCUUGUGGCAUGAGUUACUGAAAUUUCGAUUCCGUUUGUAAGAUUUGCGGUUAAACAUUCUUUCCAGAAGAACUUUCUACUUCAUUGCUUGCCAAAAAUAAUUCUCGUUCUUGAGAAAAGAAGUCCCGAUUCUUACAGCAAGAGUUCCUGAAAUUGCGAUGCUAUCCAGAAGAUUUUCAAUUAAACAUUAUUUCCAUAAGAACUCUCUACUUCAUCAUGAUGGCCUGCUGGAAAGAAUUUUCCUUCUUGAGAAAAGAAUUCCCGGUUCUAAAAUACAUACUCUUCUCAAGAUAUUCGUAUAUAGGAGCAGAGAUUAGCAUAAUGACUGCUAGACACGGCCUUUUGUGCUCUCCACUUUUGAUCUAUUUUCUCAUCUCAAGCUCUACGUUAUGCAGACAGACUGAGCUUAACACCUAUGGGAACAUUGUAGGACGUCGUGGACUGGAGUUUUCUAGAGGCUUUGCGCAGUAUAUUCAGGAAAGAAGUGUUAUUUCGAUCUACUCUUCGCUUACCAGACUUGCUUUUGGAGGUUUUUGCAAUUCAGAUGAGUUAUGGAUUAGCUUCGCCCGCGGAAAUCUGCCUUGUGAACGGCCAUCCUUUGUAAGGGUUCAAAAUACCUCUCCUGAACCUUUUGUUUCUCUUUGGCGGUGCUGUCGCUCAACGUGCCGGUUCACUGAUCCGCGGCGAAAAUAUUUUAAACAAAGAAUUUCAUAUUAUCCUAACUCUUGUGCUGGUUUUAACUUUAUGAAACUGUGUAUUUCACUAAGUGGCGACAUCCACCCAUUACCAGGUCCAGAUACCACUAGCAGUAGGAUUGCUCUUAUUCAUGGGAAUCGACAGACUCGUCGCAUCCCUGACUCAGUUGGACACGUGAGCGCAAAUUGUAAUAGACUACAAUUGACAAAGAAUGCACAAUCAACGGUGCAUAAACACCAAAACAAGCUCUUGGAAAUAGCCCAUCUUAACGCAGAGCUUCUCAAAUGUAGACAACACUUCACUGAAACGAAGGAGUUAGCCUUGGAACGUGAUUUCGAUAUUUUAACCAUCUCGGAGACCUGGUUUAACUCUUCCGUGACCAACAGUGUUGUCGAAACCCGGGAUACAAGGUCUUUAGACUUGAUCGCCUUGGAAAAGCAGGUGCCGGUGUAUGUGCUUACGUAAAAUCUACUCUGAAGGUAAAAGUCCUGAAGGAUCUCACGGAAAUAUCCGAAUCCGGCCUACACCAGUUGUGGAUUCAAGUUCAAAAUAAGAAGCUUCGUUCAUUGCUGGUUUGUAUUGUUUACAGACCCCCGGAAAUUGGAACUGCAUGCCUAGAGAAUGAACUGCUCCCAAAGUACAUAGAAGCGUUAUCACGCAACAAGGACAUUGUGCUAACAGGCGACUUAAACUGUGAUCUUCUUUCAAACAAUCCGAGGGGAGAAGCAUUGCUGUCGUUUUGUGCAACUAUAAAUGCGACACAGCUUAUAGACAAGCCAACUCGCGUGACUGAGAACUCACGCUCCUUAUUGGAUGUCAUCUUGGUCUCUGACCCUUUCCUUGUUAAGUCGAGCGGUGUUCUUGAAAUAACUAUAAGUGAUCAUUUUCUGGCUCAAGCUGUUAUUAACUUACGAUCACCCAAGCAAGCCCCAACCUACAUCGUCACACGUAGUUUUCGGAAUAAUAAAGCCGAUCAGUUUGCAAAUGACAUCGCGCACAUCCCAUGGGAUACUAUGAACCUGAUAGACGAAUCCGUUGAUAACAGACUCGAUGCAUUUAAUGACUUGCUGUUGGCGUGUCUGGACGACCAUGCUCCGGUUAAAACAGUGGAAAUACGACAUAAACCAAACCCAUUCAUCACGGAGGACAUAAGGGAUUUGAUGAAGGCGAGAGACCACCUUCACAAAAGAGCGAGAAGGACUGGGACGAGGGAAGAUUGGGAGGCUUUUAAGGAGCUGCGAAAUAGAGUUAAAUUUGUUUUACGGAAGGCGGAACGAGAGCACUAGAAUCAUCAAAUCUGUGAAAAUAAGAACAACAGAGGGGCAAUGUGGAAAACUAUUCGCAGUGCCCUCCCGAAUAAAUCAGGCCGCCCAAGCUUUACCAAGGACACAGAUGCACUCGCUAAUAAAUUCAAUCGCUUCUUUAUAUCUGUGGGACAGAAGGCCGCCAAUGACUCUGCAGAGCCCGCUCGCCUUCAAGGCCUACCAACUACUCCUGUUUAUCUCGGUUCAACUCAUUGUGAUGAACUGUUUGACUUCAAAGCAAUAACCAGUAAAGAUGUGCAAAAAGUGAUUACGGCCAUGCCUUCUAAUAAAGCUCCAGGCUAUGACAGAAUUCCAGUGUUUGUGAUCAAGGACUGUUUACCGUAUAUAUUAUCAACUCUAACUGCAUUGAUAAACUCUUCUUUUAACAACUCUGUUUUCCCUAAGGCCUGGAAGAAGUCGGAAGUAGUGCCACAUCUUAAAGAUGGUGAUCACGAGAUUCCAAGUAACAAUCGCCCUAUUUCAUUAUUGCCUGUACUUUCUAAAGUGACCGAAAGAUCGCCCUGAAUCAGUUCACUGAUUAUUUGACUCAACAAGGCAACCUCACCUGUCAUCAAAGCGGAAACCGUAAACACCAUUCUACUGAAACACUGAGUUUGCUUGUCACCGGUCAUAUAUAUAAAGUGAUGGAUAAAAAGGAGAUCACGGCCAUGGUCCUAAUCGACUUGAGCAAGGCUUUUGACAGCAUAUGUCAUAGACCUCUCCUCACCAAGCUGAAAGGGCUCGGUGCGUCAAAUGAAGCGUCAAAGUGGUUUGAGAGCUAUCUUACAAACCGAAUGCAGUCAACACGACUCGGUACAUCUCGCUCUAGUGAGUUAACUGUCACACAUGGCGUGCCACAGGGGUCCAUUCUAGGGCCUCUUAUGUUCAGCCUUUACAUGAACGACCUACCGUCCGUUGUUAAGUUUUCAAGCGUAGAGUCAUAUAUUGAUGACACAAAGGUUUAUCUUUCGUGUUCAUCGAAUAAUAUUGACUCCUGCCUUGCAAAAGUCUCGGAAGAUCUCCGACUUAUUGCCUCCUGGUGCUGUACGAAUAAGUUGCUUAUUAAUCCAGACGAAACUAAACUUAUUCUUUUUGGAACGAAACAGCUUUUAAGUAGGGUUCCUUAUAUCAGAGUCCCCUUUCUUGGGCAACACUUAAUUCCUGUGUCCUCAGUCAAAGACCUGGGUAUAAUAUUUAAUUAAUUUAAUAAUAAGUUCUUAUAUAGCGCAUUAAAAUUGAACUCUAUGCGCUUUACAAUUACAAAUUAACAAAAUUUCGAUAAAAAUCCUAUACAUGCAAUUCGCUACUCUAUCUAAACUAAUGAAUUAUUACGUGUUAUGCAUAUGUUUGACAACGUACGAUAUCAAAUAAUCUGGUGGCUUAAUUUUUGAAAAGAUGAGUUUUCAAUAAGCGUUUAAAGGAGUCAACAGAUUCGGCGUUUUUAUGCAUUCAGGUAGUUGGUUCCACAAAUACGGUGCUGCGUAGGAGAAUGCUCUUUGCCCAUACGUUUUAGUUCGAAUUGUUGGGACCUCAAGUAGAUUCAUAUUUGAUGAACGGAGGUUUCGUGCUGGAAUAUAUCGACUAAGAAGUUCAACAAGAUAGGUUGGAGCCAUGUCAUUUAGUGCUUUGUAUGUUAUCAACAGUAUCUUGAAUUGAAUUCGUUUUGUGACCGGGAGCCAAUGAAGUUUCCUAAGUAUAGGUGUUAUACUGUCUCUUGAUUUGGCACCGACUAACAAGCGGGCAGCUGUGUUUUGGAUCCGUUGGAAUUUUUCGAUGUCACAAAUCGGUAGACCGUACAAUAGGCUAUUACAAUAAUCAAGUCUCGAUGAGAUAAAGGCGUGUAUCAAUCUUUCAUUUUGCUGCGUCGAGAGGUAUUUACGAACGCGACCAAUAUUUCUGAUUGCUAGAGACGACGAUUUACAGAUGGAAUUUAUAUGCGAGCGUAAGUUCAUCACAGAAUCAAGCAUGACGCCUAGGUCUCGGACAGUAUUAGAUAAAUUAAUGAUAUCAUCUCCAAUAUUGAUAUUACAGAAAGGAGGAUUUUUUGAGAAGCGUGAGAGGAAAUGAAUGAUUUCUGUUUUUGAAGGGUUGCACUGCAAUCUGUUUUUCUUGGCCCACUCCAUGAUUGCAUUAACACAUGAUUUCAAUCUUUCCAUGCCUAGCAUUCUGUCAGAGGAGUUUAUCUUUAUGUAAAGUUGCGAAUCAUCGGCAUAUAUCAUACAGUUUAGGCCAUGUUCAGCAACAAUGUCUUCUGUAGGCGAGGUAUACAUUAGAAAGAGUAGUGGACCAAGUACUGAUCCCUGGGGUACGCCGUAGGAGAUAUGUCGAGGCUUAGAGAUAGAGUGAUUGAUCUUCACUGACUGAACACGAUGUUCUAGGUAUGAUUUGAACCAUUUUAGUGCGAUACCUCUAAAUCCGAAACGUUUCUCCAUUCUUUCAAGUAAUAUGUUAUGGUCGAUCGUGUCGAACGCAGCGGAAAGGUCUAGCAAAACAAGUACUACUUCUUCUUUUUGAUCUACAGCUCUUAGGAUGUCAUUUGAGACUUUUAUUAAAGCAGUUUCAGUGGAGUAGUAUUUGCGGUAUGCUGACUGCAUCGCUGGAAAUAACUGGUUCUCGGACAUAAAUCUGUAUAUUUGAUUUGCGACCACCCUUUCGAUUGUUUUUGAGAGAAAAGAUAGAUUUGCAAUCGGUCUGUAAUUUGAGAGACAGUUCGGGUCCAAUGAAGGCUUCUUUAAAGAUGGACAUACCAGGGAUUGUUUUAACUGAUCAGGAAAUUCUCCGUUAGCCAUGGAGGCGUUGAUAAUCUUGGUUAUAAUUGGCGUCAAGUGUGGAAUUGACUUUAGAAUUCGUGUUGGAAUGGGAUCCAGUUGACAAGACUUAGUUGGAGAUUGAACAAUAAGUUUGUGAACAAUAUCAGCAGAUACAGGUUGAAAAAUUUGGAACGACGAGGUGACUGGAUAAUUGACGUUGAUGUCGGGUGCUUGGGCAGUAUGGGAGUCCAAAUCCGAUCUUAUUUUCUCAAUUUUUUGAUAAAAAAAAAAAUCGUUGAACGUUUCGGUCAAUGUAUCCAAUGAAUCAUUAUUAGGGAGUGCAGCAAUGUUCUUCGAUAAGAAUAGGCGAGAUACCAUCUUGAAUAGUUGUGAUUGGUCAGAGGAGCUGAUCAGAGUCCGAUAAUAGUUUGUCUUUGUCGCUGUUAGAAGAUCAUUGUAGUGUUUGCAGGAAUCAAUAAAUAUUUCUUGGUGAAUUUGAAGACCAGAUGAAAUAUAUCUUCUUUCAUGACGACGUUUGUCUUGUUUAGCCUUACGAAGUUCAUCAGUAUACCAAGGAGAAUGCGGUCGCAGAGUGACCCAUCUCUCGUUCACAGGAGCAUGUUGAUCAAAGAUAGACGAGAGAUUAGUAUUAUAUUGUGUAGUCAGCUCAGUUACACAAGACUGUGGAUUAGUAAUGAGAUUAGAUUCUUCGAUGUCUUUGAUCAUACUAGCUAAAUCGAGCCUUUUGGUGUUUCUGUGUUUAACAUGUAGUGUAGAAGGUUUCGGUUUUGUACAUUUCACCUUACAAGUAACCAAAUUAUGAUCUGAAAUAUUGUCGGCUGAUAGAAUGCGAACAUCCGUUAUAACAUUAUUCUCUUCACGAGAUAAUAUCAAGUCCAAUGUGUGGCCCAGGCGAUGAGUGGAUCCAGAUACAUUUUGAAUUAGAUCAGUGGACUCAAGGAGAUUUAGAAAGGAGGCAGCUUCAGGAUUUGAUAGAUCAUCAACAUGGUAGUUAAAAUCACCGGCAAUUAUAAUGGGCUGCCUUGAUAAUGUAAGUUCUUCAAGAAAAGAUGAGAAUUCUUGCAAAAAAGCUAUUUCCAGUGUUGUUCUUUUUGCACAGAGGAGGGCGAUAGAGAACAAUUAAACGGAAUGUCUCACUUUUGUUGGAUAUGCUCACAUCUAAGUACUCAAAUGAGCUUGUGUUCAUGAUGGAAUUUUGCAGUACGGUAUAACCAUCUCGUAUCAACAAAGCGACUCCGCCGCCCUUACGAUUCCUUCUUGGUAUGUGGUGGAGUUUAAAAUGCGGAAGAAUGUUGUUGAUGUCAGUAAUAACAUGGUUGUCAUCCUCGGUUCCUUUAAGCCAAGUCUCUGUUAUGGCCAGGAUGUCUAAAUGGUGGGAGAUGACCAAAUCGCAUAAAUGAGUUGAUUUUUAACAAUCGAACGCACAUUGAGGAGAGCAAAAUUACUGGUGGAUUUGGUUCUCGGUAGAUGGCCAACGCGUGUGAUAGAGAUGACAUUGUUGAUGUUUCUUGAGUAAAUUUUCUUUGAUGGUCGUCGAUGCGUAGAAACAAUGGUUGGAAUGUAAUAACAUUGAGAAUCUUCGUUUUGAAUAAUUAAAUCUUCCUUCGGUUGAGAAAUUGCUCCAAGGUCAAAUUGUGACAAUAAGAAACCCAUUUCAGGACCAGGGUUAGAAGCAAUGGUUCUCGGUAGAUGGCCAACGCGUGUGAUAGAGAUGAUAUUGUUGAUGUUUCUUGAGUAAAUUUUCUUUGAUGGUCGUCGAUGCGUAGAAACAAUGGUUGGAAUGUAAUAACAUUGAGAAUCUUCGUUUUGAAUAAUUAAAUCUUCCUUCGGUUGAGAAAUUGCUCCAAAGUCAAAUUGUGACGACAAGAAACCCAUUUCAGGACCAGGGUUAGAAGCAACGUCACCAGCCAAAGUAAGACGAGCUUGGUUGAAGGUGGUAGUUGAGUUAGCGUAGUAUUUGACUUUGGAUGUGUUGUAACCUUUAGGUCGUAGACAAACAAAGCGAGGCCGAUUAGUUGUUAAAUAACGAGGUAGUAAUACAGCAGAAAUCCACUUGUUAGGAUACAAACAAUGAUUCUUGCAAAUAUAAUCCAAAGAGGAAAUGUUUAGGCAAUCCAUAUGUCGUUUUUCAAUUGAAAUAAUAUAAAGAACUGUGAAAAAAAUAAAGAAAAUCAAGCAGCGAUAUGAAGCACGUCCGUUACCCAUAAUUACCAUAAUUACCAUCUUAUAUCUCCAUCAAUAUUGGACUCGAACCUUACUUUUAAUGAACACGUUAACACCCUGACCUCGUCUCUUAUUUCUACCCUAUGCCAGAUAAGCAGAGCUAGGCACUUGUUUUCCAAAUCAGUACUUACCACCAUUCUGAAUAGUCUAGUUUUUUGUAAACUCUUUUAUUGCUCGACAGUUUGGUCUGGAACGUUUGCGCACAACAUAAACAAAUAGCAACUUGUACAAAACUUUGCUGCCUGUGUGUUGACAAACAGCAAGAAGUUUGAUCACAUCUAACCAGUGCUGCGGGCACUGUAUUGGCCUUCUAUUAAGAACCAGUUAUUAGUGUGUGAUGUUACGAUGCUAUACAAAAUAGUCAAUGGCCUUGCACCACCAUAUUUAGAGUGUUACGUUAACAAAAGAUCAGCUACCCACAGCUACAAUACUAGAUCUAGGGACAACUUUGUUGUACCCUUUUGUAGGACAGCCUUUUAGCUAUAGAGCAAUCACUGCCUGGAAUUCUCUUAUAAGUGAAGAAACGAAAAAUAGCGCAACACUCUCAGUUUUCAAGCGUGCAAUAAAGCGCGAAAUAUAUGACAGUCCGUAGGAAUAUUUUUUAGGUAUAGGAUUUUAAGAAUAUCUUAGUUAUUUAUUUGUAUUUGUUUCUUUAUCAUGAUAUUAUUGUAACUUUUAUAGGUAGUUUUAUUCGAUUUCCAAUUAUUGUAGAUUAAAUCGGUAGAGUCACUGGGUGGAGAUUUAAUAAACUUACUUACUUACUUACUUACUUAUAUGUGAUGCAUUCUAACUACAAAAAUUCUCUUCUAUUCAAUCUUGUUCAAAGGACCUCGAUUCUCCUUGAAAUAAUCGCAAUAAAACGAUUCCUUUGAUAAGGAUUUUGGUUCUUAACAGGAGAAAAUGCUAUUAGAGAAGUUCAGAAAAGUGAGAUGAAAUGUAGUUUUUCUCGUUAUCCAUAGGAUUUUUUUGGGGAAAUGAUUUAGCACGAUUUAAUAAAAUUUUAAAGUUGGAUAAAAUUCGUCGAUUCGACAGUGCCGUUAGUUAGCCGAUGACAACUAAAGGAUUUAAAUAGUUUGUUACUUAAGGCUAAUGAGAGGAACAAUUAAGAACCGCUGUGAACAUGAAUUUAAAUACAUCUUCACCGCUGAGUUUUCCCUGUGAAAAUUCCAAAUCAACCGAUGCUACAAAUGGUAAUGAUUUUUGUCAGGUGGUGGUGACUGUAGGGUCCCAAAAAUCAGCAAAAAGGCGAAUACAUUCGCAAGCACUACACGUAUGUGUGCAUCUUCAUGACCUUUUAAUUUUGGUUCCACAGAAAGUUUUUAGCUCAUUCUUGGCUAACCGCCGUGACCACUUGUUUAAAACAGUCCAUUACAUUUGAAAGUGAAUCACUCUCGCGUGGUCACGAGAAUUUUACACGCAUGAUAUAUUUCGCUGAUUUUUGUGACUUUAAAGUCAUCACCACCCGACAAAAAUAAUUACCCUUUGAAACAUCGGUUGACUGGGAAUCACUGAGAAAAUUCGGCGGCGAUGAUGUCUUGCAAUGAAUGUUCACGACCGUUCUUAACUGUUCUUCUCAUGUGAUAUUUGUGACAAACUCAUUGGCACAUAACGAAUGGGUUAUAUGAAUUUAUUCUAUUUCUGUCAUAAACCUAUUAGACCUUGAAAGAAUCUUUCGAAAUGUUCGGGCAAGACUCGUAAACAUUUGUCCCAACACGACUGAAACUUUAAGUCUCGAUUAUAAGUUUCUUACCAAACUCUAUUCUCCCUACAGGUGAGUUUAUGUCAAAUCAGUUGUAUGAAAAUCUGCAGGGCUUUAACUCCAAGUUGGUCAAUUUUAAUACUUUGAAAACUUUUCACUUGUUUUUCUUCUUCUUUAAUUUAGGAUUUCAGAAGCACUGACGUUUCAACGCAGCUUCUCUUUCGUCUGUCGUAACAUUUCACGAUGAUCUGAGCGAAGACUACUUUAAAUGAUGAAGUUUCGAUAUUCAAUUCAGGUAUGUCAAAGAAGCCACGUUUCAACAAAAAUUCGUAUUGAGAAAACAUGAAAUCAUGAAAUCAAGCUUAACAUCAUUUCUCUUAUCAGUAGUUUUUCUCUUA